AGUUGCAGCGAGCAAGGGCUACUCUUUGUUGCCGUGUGUGGGCUUCUCAUUGCGGUGGCUUCUCUUGUUGCGGAGCACGGGCUCUAGGCAUGAGGGCUUCAGUAGUUGUGGCAUGCAGGCUCAGUAGUUGUGGCUCGCGGGCUCUAGAGCACAGGCUCAGUAGUUGUGGCGCACAGGCUUAGUUGCUCUGCAGCAUGUGGGAUCUUCCCGGAUCAGGGCUCGAACCCGUGUCCCCUGCAUUGGCAGGCGGAUUCUUAACCACUGUACCACCAGGGAAGUCCAUCUCCUUUGAGAAUUCUUAUUGACAUUUAUUAUUAGAUCUUUACAUUCAGUGCUCUUUUAACCUCUUAGUUUCCAUGUUUCUGUUCUUCUUUGCUGUUUUGGGUUCUUUCUUAAUGUUUAUCUUCCAUUUCCCCAAUUAUUUUUUAGGCAUGUCUAAUACAUUUAGGGUUUUUUUGUGUUUUUUUUUUUAAAUUACAGCAGUUGUAUUUUUCAUUUACAGAAAUUACAUUUGGUUCUUUCUGAUUGCUUUGUAUUCUCUGUUCAUUUUUCAAUAACAUUUUUUAUUUCUUCUUAGUUCUUGUAUGGUUAUUUUAUAUUCUGUCUCUGGCAAUUCCAGUGCCUAACUAUUUGGGAUAUCUAAUCUAUUUCUGCUGACACUUGCGGUGGACCACUUAUUGUGUGUUUGAUAUUUGAUUGUGUACUGAUAUUUGAUAAAAAUCUGUGGAAAUGCUGAAAGGCCCGAAUUGUAGGUGAUUAUUUCUGAAAUGAUUUAGGAUUGCUUUUGCUUGGUGUCAGGGGGCACUGGUAUCCUAGAACCACUUUAAUUUCUUGACAUGGGAAUUUUCUGACCAUCUAGGGUAGGAUAAGUUAUAACCUCAGGUCUUUGGUUGCAAAAUCCCAGAGAAGCCUCUCCACCCAGAGCAUGGACAAAAAGGCUCCUUUGUAGGUCCCUGAGCUGUGCAGCUUGUGGGAUCUCAAUUGCCCAACCAGGGAUUGAACCCGGGCCACCACAGUGAAAGCCUGGAAUCCUAACACUUAGGCCACCAGGGAACUCCCUACAUGUACUCAGUUUUUUUCCCACCCAUUUUACAACUUAUAUUGAAGUUGCAGCCCCCUCAGGGGUUUUGGUCUGAUAUAGAGAGCAUUUCUCUAGAACAUUAGUCCUUAAAGAUGCUUUGGAAAACACUGCAUACUAUAUAUACCUCUUAAAUUAUUGUAAUGUUCACAAGCAUCUUAAGGGCCCGAAGAGGGCUUUGAAGUAAGGAAAAUUUCCCAAAUGUAUUUGACCAUAAUACUUUUUUAAAAAUGUUAACAGCCUAUACUUAUUGAAACCAAAAUGUUUGUAAUCAUUGGAUCCCUGAAAUGUUAAGUUUAUAUUCUCUAACAAGUUGAGUCAGAAUAAGAUAUUCUGUGUUGACACUUCAGGGUCAGUAAAUAUGUUAGCUGCUAACCAAGCUGACUAUAAAGUGGACGACAAACUUAUAUGAAAACUCUGGAUGUUAAAGAUCAUCUCUGUAUGGAGUUAAGGUGUAUGAAUUUAUUAGAAUUUAGAAUUCUAGCCAGUGUUUACUAAAUGUAUAUUCCAGGCAUUGUGAUAAGUAUUUCAUAGUGUCUUUAUGUUGCCCUCAGGAAAAAAAUAUAUCAAACUUUAACCUAGCCUUCAAGGGCCCUGGUGAUCUGGCCGCUGCAUCCUCCUCCAGCCUCAUCUCCCACACCUCUCACACUGGACACCAGCCACAUUGGCUUUCAAUGCACCAAUUUUGGAAUUGAUUUCAGGAAAAGUUGGAGUGGUGACUGAACAUUCUUCACGAUCCGAAAGGAAAAGAAGAGACUCUUUCGGGAUGUUUGACGGUUAUGAUAGCUGCAGUGAGGACACGAGUAGCAGCUCCAGCUCUGAGGAGAGUGAAGAGGAAGUUGCUCCUUUACCUUCUAAUCUGCCAAUUAUCAAAAACAAUGGCCAAGUGUACACAUACCCAGAUGGUAAAUCUGGCAUGGCUACCUGUGAAAUGUGUGGGAUGGUUGGUGUGCGAGAUGCUUUUUACUCUAAAACAAAGCGUUUCUGCAGUGUUUCAUGUUCAAGAAGCUACUCGUCAAACUCCAAGAAGGCAAGCAUUUUGGCCAGACUUCAGGUAACGGGUAAGCCUCCAACAAAGAAAGCAAAAGUUCUUCAGAAACAACCUUUAGUUGCUAAACUAGCUGCAUAUGCUCAGUAUCAAGCUACCUUGCAAAAUCAAGCAAAGACUAAAUCAGUAGCAGUCUCCAUGGAAGGUUUCAGCUGGGGUAACUACAUCAAUAGCAAUAGCUUUAUAGCAGCUCCAGUUACCUGCUUUAAACAUGCACCUAUGGGGACCUGCUGGGGUGAUAUCUCAGAAAAUGUGAGAGUAGAAGUUCCCAAUACAGACUGCAGCCUACCUACCAAAGUCUUCUGGAUUGCUGGGAUUGUAAAAUUAGCAGGCUACAAUGCCCUUUUAAGAUAUGAAGGAUUUGAAAAUGACUCUGGUCUGGACUUCUGGUGCAAUAUAUGUGGUUCUGAUAUCCAUCCAGUUGGUUGGUGUGCAGCCAGUGGAAAACCUCUUGUCCCUCCUAGAACUAUUCAGCAUAAGUAUACAAACUGGAAAGCUUUUCUAGUGAAACGACUUACUGGUGCCAAAACACUUCCUCCCGAUUUCUCACAAAAGGUUUCAGAGAGCAUGCAGUAUCCUUUCAAACCUUGCAUGAGAGUAGAAGUGGUUGACAAGAGGCAUUUGUGUCGAACACGAGUGGCAGUGGUGGAAAGUGUAAUUGGAGGAAGAUUAAGACUAGUGUAUGAAGAGAGUGAAGAUAGAACGGAUGACUUCUGGUGCCAUAUGCACAGCCCGUUAAUCCAUCAUAUCGGUUGGUCUCGAAGCAUAGGCCAUCGAUUCAAAAGAUCUGAUAUUACAAAGAAACAGGAUGGACAUUUUGAUACACCACCACAUUUAUUUGCUAAGGUAAAAGAAGUAGACCAGAGUGGGGAAUGGUUCAAAGAAGGAAUGAAAUUGGAAGCUAUAGACCCAUUAAAUCUUUCCACAAUAUGUGUUGCGACCAUUAGAAAGGUGCUGGCUGAUGGAUUCCUGAUGAUUGGGAUCGAUGGCUCAGAAGCAGCAGAUGGAUCUGACUGGUUCUGUUAUCAUGCAACCUCCCCUUCUAUUUUCCCUGUUGGUUUCUGUGAAAUUAACAUGAUUGAACUUACUCCACCCAGAGGUUACACAAAACUUCCUUUUAAAUGGUUUGACUACCUCAGGGAAACUGGCUCCAUUGCAGCACCAGUAAAACUAUUUAAUAAGGAUGUUCCAAAUCACGGGUUUCGCGUAGGAAUGAAAUUAGAAGCAGUAGAUCUCAUGGAGCCACGGUUAAUAUGUGUAGCCACAGUGACUCGAAUUAUUCAUCGUCUCUUGAGGAUACAUUUUGAUGGAUGGGAAGAAGAAUAUGAUCAGUGGGUAGACUGUGAGUCCCCUGACCUCUAUCCUGUAGGGUGGUGUCAAUUAACUGGAUAUCAACUACAGCCUCCAGCAUCACAGUCAUCAAGAGAAAGCCAAUCAGGUUCAUCAAAACAGAAGAAAAAGGCUAAGUCCCAGCAAUACAAAGGACAUAAGAAAAAGAGGAAGAUGCCAUUUGGGAAGAAGCCUGUCAGUUUGUCGAGCCUGCCCAUGACAGGUGGGGUACGGAGGAGCUUCUCUGGUGGCGAAGAGUUGACUCCUCCUCCAUAUCGAACCCUUCCAGCACAGACUGCCCCGGAGGCCUUCCCACCUCCCCGCACUAGCCGAGAGUUCAAUCCCAGCCUCAAAACAGUGACUACAUUGCAGCUGAAGGAGGAGUUGAUAGAUGGAGAGGAUUAUAAUUUCCUCCAAGGAGCAUCUGAUCAGGAAAGCAAUGGCUCUGCCAACUUCUACAUCAAACAAGAGCCCUGAGGUUGCUCAGAAACUGAGGGUGGGAGGGAAAGAAUUUUACACAGGACUGAUUUAUAAUCAAUCCAGCUGUACAGCGAGGCUAUUCUACUGGGACAUUUUGCUAAACAUAGAAAAUUUCAGUUCCAGAUUUUUCAAGUGGGUAGGGAAACUAUUUUAGCUGUGGGGGGAAAUUUUUCAAUUUAUAAAGAUGGACAAUUUUUGUGUUGUAUUUGAAGCUUUUGAAAGAAUUUUGUAAUAUUUUCCAAGUUUGGAUUUAUGUGCAUUGUUAACAAGAACUGAAAUUCUAACUUUUUUGGUAAGAUUAAAGUUUAGGUAGCAGGAUUGAAGGAAAUGAUUUAAGAAGGAUAUAGUUGUAAAUGCAAAUGAACUGUCAUUACAAAUGAACCUUUUUGGUACCUGUUGGGAGAUUUUGGGAUUUUGGAAGUUAGGCCAGUCACAUCUCCAGCUUCCUCUGCUGCAGAAUAUGCAACUGAACAUCCCCCCCGUCCCCACCCCAUGGAGAGCGCAUCACCACAUAGAUCACGGAAGGGUAAUUAAUUCUGCUUGUUGGCAUUUUAUUGCAGCCCAUUUUAAAUAUUUGUACAGAAAUGUUUUUCAUUCUGUGAAAAUUUCUUUGGAGUUCUGUAUGAAACUGGAAGAACUCUGGAUACUUUUUUUUUUUUUUUUGGAUACUUUUAUAUGUUCUCUUUUAAUUAAGAAAUGAGUAAAAUUAUCCUAACACUAAAGUGUUAAACUGGAAUGGUUGACAAGAUAUGCAAGAUCUCAGUCUACAUGUUGAGGGGUUGGGGAAAAUGCAAUAUUGUCCUAAGUUUAUUUUAUUUUCCUUACUAAAAAAUACCCCACAAAAGGGAUUCUCAUCAGUUCUCUGCCAUUUCUCUCCAUCUGUGAGAUAAUACUUGGUAUAACCACACCCCAAAACACAUGUUCUGUAUUACCAGGAGAAUCAAAUUAACAGUUGUUUAAAGCCAAGAUAAGUUUAGAUUUCAAAAUCAUUCCAGCUCUGCUUUUAACUAUCCUGGAUUUGUUAGAAAACUAAUUUGAAAGAGAAUUUAAUUUUCUUAAAAUUCCAUAUAUAUAUAUAUAAUUAGUAUGAAUUGUCUUUAACUCUAUUCAGAAUUUUAACAAUAAUAACGGAUUUGGACCAUUUUGAACAUUCCCUAUUUUAAAAUUCACAUGGCUUCCUUUGAAAAAAGGAUAUAAGGGUAAAUUGGUGAAAGGUUUGCUCUCUGCAUUUUUUGACUUUCUGAGUUGUGACUGAAUGAGAGAGCUUUAGCAUUUACCAGUGAGGUUCAUAAACUAAACUCUCAGGAAUUACUUGCAUCUGUUCUAGAAGUGCUUCUGGGUCUUAGCCUGGCCUCUUCAGAGUGGUAAUAUUGACCAUCUCCUCUGGAAUAUAGGUAGGGCUAAUUAGAAAUUAAUCAAAAUGAUUAACCUCUACAGUCCUUCAGCCUAUGGAAUGCUUUAAAAAAUGUUAAUGGAAAGCCCCAGGAGACCAUUUUAGGUAAGAUUUUUUUGUUUGAAUUUUAAAAUGCAUAGAACAUUAAAAACCAGCAAUUUAUUUUCUAAAAUAUUGCUCUACUUUUGGGAAUAAUAGCAUUGGUAAUAUGCACAGGUUUACCUCAUUCUAUGCAAGAGGGGUUAAUAUCAUAAGGUUUUGUAGUUGCUACUGGAAGUAAAAUUUGUUACUUUAUAGUGUAAGAAUGUAUGGAAUCGCAUGUCAACAUUUCUUAAUACUGACUCUUUAGGGGCAUAAAUGCAGAUCAUAUCAACGCCAAGUUGAUUCUCAUGUGUCAGAUAUAUGUGAAUUCAGCUGUUAAAUUACUGGAUAUUUAUCUUAAACAACAUUACUGAGAGGGACCUACUGUAAAUGUGACAUCCUCACACUUCCCAAAUCUUUAACUUUUAAGAAUCUUCCUGUAAACUUAAAGCCUGGAAGACUUCCAAAAAGCAAGGGUUACAACAAUCUUUAUUCUCAGGCUUAGUGAAUUAAACCCAGGACUCCGAUUCCAUGAUAUGGACACAAGAAGCCAGCUGUAUCGUGUGCUCUAACAGUACCCUGGGCUUAGGGGCUCUAUAGGGAACUGAAUAAACCAGGAGGGAUUUGAUUUGGAGCCUGGUAAUUAGUUCUGUGAAAUGCUCAUUUGUAGCCAGGUUUUAUAAGCUUCCAGUUCUACAGCAAAGCCAGGCUCUGAGUGUUUUCAGAUUUCCCACGUAUUUAUGAAGUGUUUCGUGUCUUAAUCCCAUGACCAACGUUAAAUGUUGGUAAGGACUUCCUACCGAAUAAACACAAUCUGAAGCCCUCUUCAUUGUUCAGACUCUAACUCCCUGCUGCCGAUGAACAGAAAAUGAGUUGAUGCAGAGGAGAUUUAUGUCUUAGCCACAACUCCAAGUGUACAACUCAGUAGCCCCAUUCUCUUCUACAGUUCAAAUGUACUGCUGACCUUGGGUUUCUUUUGUUUUUUUUCCUGUUAGGAUUAUUUGGGGAUUUUUGGUAGUUUAAACUCUUUAACCUUUUCCUGGCUGUGUAUGAGGAAAGCUAAAGCUGUUAUCAACUUCUUAUUCUACGGAUACUAACACGGGUUUUCAGUGUUUGUUUGUUUUUAUUAUUAUUAAUUUUGUGUGAUGUGAAUACCCUCUCCCAUCAAUAUUUGUAUUAUGGUGCUAUAUAUUUGGUAAUGAUCCUUUACUAUUGGGAAGGGAUUUUAAAAAUACUGUGAUUAAACUGGGUUUCUUCCUUUGAUUUUCAUAUUUUAAAUAAAGCCACAGUCAUUUAUACAAAAGAAAAGUAUCUGUCCCUGGGCAAAUCUUUUGAGGACAGAGGUCAAAGUAAACUGCAUAAGGUUUUUACAUCAUUUCUGUAUGUAUUUGAUAAAUAGAUCAAUAUCUGUACAAAUUUAAUCUUUUAUUUUCUUGGUAACUUGUGAUCAUUGAGAAAGUGUUUGAAACUUUCUCGUAAAGUGUAUAUAAUGGCGUGAAAAAUUCCUUUGGAGAAAUUUAUGUUCCUUUCAUUUUUACCAAAUUGCAAAUUUUCAGCAUGGAUGUGAAAAGCAUUAAAAUUAUAACUUUGUGUACAAGAUGAAAAUAAUUCACUAAAUUUGCCCUUUUUUACACAAAAUAAAAUGUUAAAGUUAA